UGGUUGAGCACAGGGAAGUGAAUACCUGUCGUGUGUCACACGAUGUCGGUGCGACUGGAGGUUGUUUGACUACGAGAGUACAGUAUUCACAGUCCACUGCGAGGGAUGUGGCUUCAUGAGGAGCAGUACUUAGAUCGUUGUUGUGUACAGAGUUGUUCUAAACUCUGAAAUCAGCAGAUGGAAAAAUAAGUGAUGGGGCCGAAGUUUUUGUUAUUUUACAGUCUUAUACUCCUUCCGCAAAAAGCUUAUUCAGCACUCACGAUCGAUGACUGUCCAGAUGGAAUGAAAAAUGUAGCAGAGGACAGUCAGAUCAGCCUUACGUGUGAUCGGUAUCGCAGCAAGAUAGAGUGGUAUUAUUCUAGCGACAACAGGUUGGGGGACAAAAUCGGUGACUGCGAUGGAACAUCUUGCGACCUCACAGAGAGAAAUCAGUUCAGAUUAGAUGCCGAGGAGACUUGGUGGUUGUACAAGAGCACUCUAAACAUCACGAGAGUUACAAGGGACGAAGCUCGUUUUUUCCGUUGUAAAGAAUAUUACAGCGAUGACAUAGACUCGUGUAGACUUCGGGUAACAGCACCUGCUGAAGUUGUUCCUGAAAACUGCAGUGUGUGGAUAUCAGACUGGCAAGUGCAAGGAGAAUGUCAGGUAGAAAAGAUGUACUCGUCAGAUGAUGUCUACACAUGCACGUGGAGCGUUAACAAUACUGAGGUGACAGGUGUAUCUGAAAGCCCACUGACUACAUACCGGAACAACUCAAGAACCUACAUGAGAGGAGUUUGUUCCUUCAGGCAGGAAAUACCGUUUAAUGGAUACAACUUCACCCACAGUAUCAGUUACACCUACAAAAUCAGUAUAGACCCAGGUCCUCAAGACAGCCUUGUAACGACGAUAAACAUUGAGCCUCCUGAGAAGCCUGAGAUCAAUUGUUCAGAAACUGUUCUUGAGGGAUCGACUGUCAAAUGUAUGUGCACCUCUCAAAACAAGGGAAACCCGCCUGCAAAAUUUGUGUGGGAUGGACUAAACACUGAUAGACUACUUCUUCAGAAUGUCAGCCGCCAACAGAGCUUCACUAAUUAUACAUGUCGACAGACUUGGGGUCCUGACGAGGUUAUCAACACUACCGUUAAUUACACCUUAAAAGUAGCAUGUAAGUAAGCUUUUUACAUUUUUACUUUGCCAUUUCAUUUGUAAAAAUGGAUAAUUUGUGUCUAAUGGAAAUAUUUGACUACCUAAUAGAGAAUAUAUAUUAAGCUGGUAAAUUAUAGUUAGUAAAGUGUCCUACAUUAAAAAAAAAUAUUCGCGUAGAAUGAAUGCACACACGUUUGACAACACCCACCCUACUGCUCCCCACACACACACACACACGCAUGUGCUCACAUAUACACCCACUCUACAACAUUUAUAGACAUAAAUAUUUACGACGAAAACAACUCAGAUUUCAGUUCUUAUUGUAUCAAAAGGAAAAUCCGCAAUGUGUUUGUGAGUGUGUGUGUGUGAUUAUCCUUUUUUUGCAACAGUAAGCAAAACACAUUCUUUAAUCUAACUGAAACACUCCCAGUCUGCAUGAGCUUUGGGAUUUUGAAGGGCCCCCAACAUGAGGACGGGGGAAAGUAAGGGCUACGGGCUAUCCCGCUCCUAAAUGACCGAACGCCCAUAGGGCGUAGCCGUUACGCGCUGACAGUGACCCGUAUGUCGGACUUUUCACUCCGACCUCUGACCUCGCGCCUGCAUUUGCUGACCGGCUGUCAGACUCCACACUCGCCGCCCGAUGGGCUUCUACCUGCAACAACCGCUUUGGUCAUCGCACUCUCGGUGAGUUUGUGAAUUAGGUGAGGAGUGGGCCCUUAAAUUCUGUACAAUAUUAUAACAUGAAUUAUUCAUACCAGUUGAAACUGUCUGUACAAUAUCGUUAUUUCUGGUAUUAGUUUAAUUUAAUUUGUAUAGUUCAGCCCGAACCGUCGAUUUGUCGCGUGCUACUUCCGCUUUGUACCAUGUGCUCGCUGUAGGAAGAUGCCGCAUGGGUAACAUAAAGUAAUGUAUGCAUAAAUUCUCGACUCAAAAUAUUAGUGUUUCAAAUAAUCCUGAUAAUUAAUUGACCCUAUAAUAGUUCUCAGCAAUUUACCUUCUAUUGAAAUUUGAACGCUCGAUCGUGUAUUAUAAGAUAGAUUAUUGUAAUCGUUUUUUUUAAAUGCAGAGACUUUGGUUAAUUCACUUUCUAGGAAAUGCUGAAGAUUGAGGAUCGUGCUUAGUGUAAGCAUUGUAAUAAUGCCGACUACAAAACAGUCAACAGAUGACUCCACAGUGUGCUGAAGAUAUGCCAAGCUGAAUGUAGUGUGCGUACAAACUGUUCCAUGUUGUAAAAUAAAGCUACACAUUUCUUCAUCAUUGAGAACAGCAAACAGUUUUCCUGACAGAGUGAAAUACAUUAGUGUUUGGAUAUUCAAAAUCCUGGAAGGGUUGUAAGAAAAUCAACUGACAUGGUAUAUGACAAGACUGGUUAUUCCCAAUCUGGAAUGAGUGGAAUUAUAAAUUGCCCGCAAGUGAAAGAAGAACUAAAAUAUUCCAUCACUCUACCUAUCAAACAGGAUUAUUGCUGUACCACAGCCACCUGGGGAUAUUAUAUCUGAAGGGGAGAUUAAUGCCACUGCUUACAAACAGUUCGGAAGUAACAGGCAAGAAUGGAGGAACAAGUCAAAGGACAAAGCCAUCUGAGGGUCAGGGAAAUUAGAAAUCAAAGAAAAUAAUCGUGCAUGUGUUUAAUUUAUCAAUAUGGAUCAUGCUGUUGAGUAGGACAGAGAAAUGUUUUGAAGCUUGCUCCACCAAUGAAUCAAGUUAUCAAAUGUAGGUGAUCAAGGAAUGACUCCAGCAGCAAUCCCAUGUUUCAAGUGAGAAAUUUGAUAGGCUGGAAGAGGAUUCUGUGUGUAGAGAAUUUAGGGGGAAAAGUGGCUGUUGUGAAAUCUAAUGAAAGUUUUUUAUUGAGACAACUAGCCUGAAGACUUUGAAGACUCAGAUUCUUUGUUGUAAAUAAAUGUUAAAACCAUAUGUUUAGUUUUGGCUUGUAUAUAAUAAAAUGUUUUGAAGAUUGUAAUGACUUUUUUUUAUCAGGUAUUCGCGAUCACUGCCUGAAGUCUUUGAAGACUCAAAUUCUUUGUUGUAAAUAAAUACUAAAACCCUUUUUUUGCUUGUAUAUGUAUAUGAUAAAUUGCAAUGAAUAUUCUUUGUUGUAAAGAAAUAUUAAAACCAUGUACAUUUAUAUCUGCUUGUAUAUAAUAAAUUGUUGAAUCAUGUCUAUUUUUUUGUCUCCUGGUAUUUACUAAAGGCUGAGAGGUGGUUUUAGGGUGGGGCUUUGGAUGGCUGAGGGACUAUAAAGGGUUGAGAGGUGUUUUCAGGGUGGGGCUUUGAAGGGAUGAGGGAGUUAUUUCUCCCAAAACCCGCAAGGGGCCGAUGCAUUUUAAGCUUCCAUAAUACGGCUGUGUUUGUUUCUAUUUAUGUAUAUUGCGUAUGUAUUA